GCCGGAGCGGCGGAGCGGGAGCUGCCUGCGCCUGCCUGCCCCUGCCCUGCCUGCCCCGCCAGGUGCCCGGCAGCUCCGAGAGGCUGCGGCCAGAGUCCACGGUCGGCGCUGUCGGGACAGCUAUCCAUACAGAGAACUCAAAAUCCUGAAGAAUGGCUCUACCUACCUCCAAGUAUCUGGCUGGAAGUUUGGGGUUUUUUCUGUUUGUAGUCUCUUCAGUAAGCACAGCAGAAGCAGCUGUCACAUGUCCUGACAGAGAUCCUGAGUUAGAAAUCUGGAGCCCGGGUCACAACGAAGAAAACCGCGUUGAGAUCCGCAAUGGCAGGAAGCUGCUUCUCUCUUCUUCUGCGACUGUCCACUCUAUCCACAUCACUGAUGGAGGGAAACUGGUCAUCAAAGACGAUGUGCAGCCCAUCAUUCUGCGUACAAGACAUAUACUCAUUGAAAAUGAUGGAGAGUUGCAUAUUGGCAGUGAGCUGUGCCCUUACCAAGGCAACGUGGUUAUCAUCUUAUAUGGGCGAGCGGGUGACGGCAGCCAGCCAAAUCCUUACUUUGGACAGAAGUACCUUGGAGUCAGCAAAGGUGGCACUCUUGAGAUCCAUGGAAAGAAAAAGCUGUCCUGGACUUUCUUAAACAAGACUCUUCAUCCUGGUGGCAUGGAAGAAGGUGGAUAUUACUUUGAAAGGAGCUGGGGCCACCGGGGGGUCAUUGUCCAUGUUAUUGACCCAAAGACGGGAGCAGUUGUCCAUUCAGAUCGGUUUGAUACCUACAGAGCAAAAGAGGAAAGUAUCCGCCUGGCUCAAUAUUUGGGUAGAGUUACAAAUGGCAUGAUCCUGUCGGUGGCAGUGAAUGAUGAAGGAUCCAGAAACUUGGAUGACUUGGCCAGGAAAGCAAUGACCAAACUGGGCAGCAAGCAUUUCCUCCACCUUGGGUUUAGGCACCCAUGGAGUUUUAUUACCAUUAAAGGAAAUCCCUCCUCUUCUGUUGAAGACCACAUUGAAUAUCAAGGUCACAAAGGGUCAGCUGUGGCCAAAGUAUCCAAACUAUUCCAAGCUGAGAAUGGAGAAUAUUUUAAUGUCUCUUCAACUAGCGAGUGGGUUCAAGAUGUGGAAUGGACAGAGUGGUUUGAGAAGCCUGACAAAGCAAGAUCUAAGGACAUGGAGAAGCUGUCUGACUUCAAAGCUGCUCAUCCUGACAAAAUCUGCAGGCAGCCCAUUGACAUCCAGGCAAUGACACUCGAUGGAGUGGAUUUAACCACGGAGGUUUUCUACAAGAGCGGCCACGAUUACCAAUUCCUGUGCCACGGCAAGGACCAGACGGGCGAGGGCUGCCGCAGCUACAGAGUGAGGUUCCUGUGUGGCAAAUCCGUGAAACCAAAGCUCACAGUAACUGUUGACACCAACGUGAACAGCACCAUCCUGAACCUGGUGGAUGAUGUGAGCUCCUGGAAACCUGGAGACAGGCUGGUGGUGGCCAGCACUGACUACUCCAUGUACCAGGCAGAAGAGUUCCAAGUGCUGCCCUGCAGAACCUGCAGGCCCACCCAGGUCAAGGUAGCAGGGAAAGCCACAUACCUGCACGUUGGUGAGGUCGUCGAUGGUGUCGACAUGAGGGCAGAAGUGGGGCUGCUGAGCCGCAACGUCGUGGUGAUGGGCGAGAUGGAGCAGCAGUGCUAUGAGUACAGCAACAAGUUGUGCUCCUUCUUCGAUUUUGACACCUUUGGGGGACACAUCAAGAUUGGUCUUGAUUUUAAGGCUACCCACAUUGAAGGUCUAGAACUGAAAUACAUGGGCCAGCAGACAAUGGGGCAUUACCCAAUUCAUUUCCAUAUGGCUGGAGAUGUGGAUGAGAAAGGAGGCUACAACCCUCCAACAUAUGUGAAGGAUACCUCCAUCCACAACACCUUCUCCCGCUGUGUCACAGUCCAUGGAUCCAAUGGUUUACUGGUGAAGGAUGUGGUGGGUUAUGAUGCUCUGGGCCAUUGUUUUUUCACGGAGGAUGGACCAGAAGAGCGCAACACGUUUGACCAUUGCCUUGGGCUGCUGGUUAAACCCAGCACCCUGCUCCCCUCCGACCGAGACAGCAGGAUGUGCAAGCUGAUCACAGAGGGAGCUUACCCAGGGUACAUCCCUAAGCCCAGGCAGGACUGUAGUGCUGUAUCCACCUUCUGGAUAGCCAACCCACACAACAACCUUAUAAACUGUGCAGCUGCUGGAUCUGAAGAAACAGGCUUUUGGUUUGUCCUGCACCACGUGCCGACAGGCCCCUCGGCAGGCAUGUAUUCCCCUGGCUACUCCGAGCACAUGCCGAUGGGGAAAUUCUCCAACAACCGCGCGCAUUCCAACUACCGGGCUGGAAUGAUCAUCGAUAAUGGUGUUAAAACCACCCCAGCCUCUGCCAAGGACAAAAGACCUAUCCUGACACUGAUUUCUGGGAGGUACAGCCCACACAAGGAUGCUGAUCCUUUGAAGCCCAGGGAACCUGCAAUAAUUGAGCGUUUUAUUGCCUACAAGAAUCAGGAUCACGGGGCCUGGCUGCGAGGUGGAGAUGUGUGGCUGGACAACUGCCAGUUUGCUGACAAUGGCAUCGGCCUGACCUUGGCGAGUGGUGGGACCUUCCCUCAUGAUGACGGCUCGAAGCAGGAAAUCAAGAACAGCCUGUUUGUCGGUGAGAGUGGGAACCUGGGCACUGAGACCAUGGACAACGAGAUCUGGGGGCCUGGAGGUCUGGAUCACAGGGGGAGGACCCUGCCCAUCGGCCCGGAUUUUCCCAUCCGAGGGAUUCAGUUCUACGAUGGGCCCAUCAACAUCCAGAACUGCACGUUCCGCAAGUUCGCGGCGCUGGACGGGCGGCACACGAGUGCCCUCGCCUUCCGCCUCAACAACGCCUGGCAGAGCUGCCCCAACAACAACGUCACCGGCAUCCGCUUCGAAGACGUCCCCAUUACUUCAAGAGUCUUCUUUGGAGAACCUGGCCCAUGGUUCAAUGAUCUGGAUAUGGACGGUGACAAAACAUCGGUUUUUCAUGAUGUAGAUGGUUCUGUGUCAGAAUAUCCAGGCUCAUACCUGAUCAAAGAAGAUAACUGGUUAAUCAAGCACCCUGACUGCAUUGACGUGCCCGACUGGAGAGGCUCCAUCUGCAGCGGGCACUUUGCACAGAUAUACAUCCAAGCCUACAAGCCAGCCAACCUGAAAAUGAAAAUAAUAAAAAAUGACUACCACAAUCACCCACUCUACUUGGAAGGGGCUUUGAGCAAAAGCACUCAUUACCAGCAGUAUCAGCCAGUUAUAACUCUGAGGAAAGGCUACACCAUCCACUGGGACAAGACAGCCCCUGAAGAGCUGGCCAUAUGGCUCAUCAACUUCAACAAGAAUGACUGGAUCCAAGUAGGGUUUUGCUAUCCUAAAGGGACGACAUUUUCCAUUCUCUCAGACAUCCACAAUCGUCUCUUGAAGAAAACGUACAAAACUGGAACCUUCUACAGAACCUCCCAAAUGGAGAAACUGGAGCACAGAUAUCCUACCAAAGGGUACUACUACUGGGAUGAGGACACUGGGCUGCUGUUUCUGAAACUCAAAGCUCAAAAUGAGAAGGAGAAAUUUGCUUUCUGCUCUGUAAAAGGCUGUGAGCGAAUAAGAAUCAAAGCUGUGAUCCCAAAGACAGCUGGUGUCAGCGACUGUGAAGCCACAGCCUAUCCCAAGUACAUUGAGACACCAAUAGUGGAAGUGCCAAUGCCAAAGAAGCUCUCUAGUGCACAACUGAAGACCAAGGACCACCUAAUUGAAGUGAAAAUAGAAACUUACAAGAAACAGUACUUCCACCUGAAGGAUGACUUUGCGUACAUUGAGGUUGAUGGUGUGAGGUUUUUCCUCACUGAAGAGGGUAUCCAACUGGUUGUGAUUGAUGGACACCAUGGAAAAGUUGUUGAUCGAGUAACAUUCAAAAACUCCAUUCUACAAGGAAUCCCAGCACAGAUAGAGAAUUAUGUCAACAACAUCAAAGAUCACUCCAUAGUGCUGGUGACAUCUAAAGGAAGAUUUAUUUCAAGAGGACCGUGGACUAAAGUACUGGAGAAACUUGGAGCAGGAGAGGGUUUUAGGUUAAAAGAAAAAAUGGCUUUUGUCGGCUUCAAAGGCAGCUUCCGCCCCGUCUGGGUGAAGCUGGUCACGAACGAGGACUCAGCUAAAAUCUACCAAGCACUUCCAAUUCCUGUGGUGAAGAAAAUGAAGUUGUGAGGACACCCUGCUGUGCCUGCUGGCCGCCAGCACUGCCCCAUGGGACGGACAGACAGACGGACGGACAGACUACUGACCGCUCUGCGCAGGCCUCGCCCGCCUGCGCCACCGUGUAGCAUUUUCUCGUUGUUGUUGCUGUUCAAAAAGACAUCUCACUGUAAGUAGCUAGAGUGGCCACAUGUGACAGAGAAGCCUUUCUCUGUGGCCAGCGUGUGCUCUGUGCUGGCCAGCCCAGGCUGGCUCCUGCGCUGAGGCACCGCUCGCCAUACUGAGCAAGGUCUGAGCUGUUUCUCCAGGUGCUGCUUUUGUCAGUGCUCCUGGGACAGACUGAUGUUAGUGCUGCCUCUUGAAGGGGAGUUCUUGAUCUGAAGACCAUCAAGGAUUGUUGCUUCUACCAGCCUCUAAGUUGUCUGAAGACUUUUUCUUUUCCAUAGCGUAACUAGCUGCUCACGUAGACAUGGAAUGCCAGUUCAAAGACUGGUUGACAAUCUGGGGUAGAAAGAGUGGAUUUGAGUGAUUACCUGGAUGCUGGGAAUUGUAACUGGACAGUAAGCAUUUCUCCUAAAGCUUCUGCGAGGUUUGAUCAAGCUCUUUGGGGUGUGUGUUGUACAUGCAGCCCACGGCACAUAGCUGGGGAAGAAAUGACAGAAAGAGUGGACAAAACAUACCAGCAGAGACUGAUGGAACCACCUAUUUCUGCUUCCUCAGAAAACUGUGUUUUUCCUAUGGAUCAAGGAGUUUUAAUAGUGGUUGUGCAAAUAAAAAAAAUUCCUUCAACAAGCAGCUGUGGGCUAGGAGAGCAAUGUCAAUUAGCACAUGUAUUUUCUCAGCCCUUCCCAUUCAGCCUUUCUCUCUGUAUAACAUGCAGGAUCAGUUCAUGGUUACCAGCUAAAGCCAUCCCAAUUCAAGGCUUCCAAUUUUUGACUAGGAAUACUGGGAUUUACUUUAUUCAGCAUCAAAUAGGGUGAGCUGCCCUCACCUUUUCCAGGACAUCAGAGGGAACAGGAUCAGACUGCUCUGCUGUGGGAUGCUUUCUGAUCCUGUCCUCUGGCUUAAGAUUAUGUCUUGGUCCUCCUGUAAGAGUUACAGGAGACCUGGAUGAGUUCUUUCCAGGUGGCUGAAGAAUUAAAAUGAGAAUCCCAAUGCACUAGGUGGAUGUCUUGUACCUCCUUUCCCCCUGCUUCAAACCAAUACCUGGGUACUGAAGGCAGAUCAGAGUGAAUCAGGUCUUUAAUGGGGCAUCUCUUGAAGCUGGGAAAUUAAACAUUAUCCUUUAAAACACUGAAAGCACUUCUAGUGCUCAGUGAUAUUUCUGUCAGUUGCCCAGAAAUACCACAAAGGCGUUUCUGAAGGCUGUGGCUGUUCUAAGAACUGUAAGGGCAGGGGAGAAGUGUGAAAGACAUCAUGACAAGCUCUUCAAAAAAUGUCAAUCUUGCCAGUAAGACUUGAAUUUGUUUCUCCACUUUAUCUCUGCCUGUCCCCACUGCCACAUAAAUUAUUCCAGUUGCUGAUGGCUACUUGGUUUAUGUAAUUAAGUUGUUUUUUACCCACAGUAUGAAAAAUGCUACCUUGAAGUUCAACGAAAAAGCAAGGAUUUUGUGUG